UUUCACAACCGUCUCAACGCGCAUGUCUGUGCGGAGGUGUCCGAUACGAAAGGACAGAGGCUUUUCACAGUUAGUAGAAGUUGUUUCAUAAGUUUUGGAUCCCGGAUUAUUUUGCUGUUUCUAAUAAAGAGGUGACGGUUCUUCUCUUGAACUCAAACAAAUUCAAACGCUGACUUCCUUUGCUUGUUGGAAUUCUGAUUGUGGGUUGGCCACGGAAGCUACAGACUCACAGUGAUACCGAAUGUGGUUCUAGCCGUGAUUGGGUGCCGCAGGUCAAACAGGACAGGUAUUCAAGGUGUGUGUAUGUAUUGACAAAACCUAUUAGAAUCGGGUAGUGCAAGUUGUGUGCCUGGCAGCGAUGUUCCCACUCUGUCUGUGGAAGUGUUAACAGUGAGGCUAAGCCGAAGUUGACACCCAAAGCCAACUGUGGUGUGUGCGUUAACACUUCCGUAUCUAGAAGUUUCUUAAAUUCCGUUAGACAGCUUUUGUAAAACGUUACGUGUUGCUAUUGACCAUGGCCUUUCGUGUCAUUAAGAGGAAAGACGUAAAAAAACAGUCGUAUUACGUGUGGUUCCUGGGAGCUAAGGAGAGUAAGGGGUUAAGGGGCGAGGAAUAUAUUCGACCCGUUCUUAAUUACUUUCUAGACAAAGAGCGAGAGCUGGAGCCUAUGAAAGUGACCCUUCAAGUCAGCAACAAAGGGAUAAAGAUUAUACAAAACGUUCCGAGAAAAAACAACAGGGGUAAGACAGAACAGAUCAAGCAUUUCAUUCCUCAUCAUGCCAUCACGUGUGUUGUCCAGGAACAGAAGCCGGACGACGACAUCGUGUGUGCUAUCCUGCUGUUGUAUAAUCCAGUAACCGAGUGUCCAGUUCACAUUCACGCUUAUCGAUGCGAUAGUGUGGAAACGGCCACCAACCUCAGAAGUCAACUGCAGAUUCUCAUAGACCGUCCAGAAAACCAAAAGAAGUUCCAAGAAAUUGAGAACCGACUAGCGGUCAAAGGGCUUUUGCCUUCUCGUAAACUGAACUCUGAUGGUCGCAGUACACAUACAGAUUUGUCAGACCCCCUGGAGGACUCUUUUGGAUCUGACACCGAGUUUCCUGUACGCAAAGAACACGUUACAAAUCUGUAUGAUUCGCUAGCUGCUGAGCUACGUGAACGACUGAACAAUCAAAGUGAUUGUCCGAUUUUGUUGCCUCCCAAGGACUACGAUGCAGACUUCAAGCGUCAGAGUAAAAUUGGGUGUAUCGAGCAAAAGAAAAAUUCACCAACUUCUAUUGUUGGGAUGCAAAGACGUCCUCAAGUUAGUAAUGGAAGACCUACCAGAGCAAAGGAAUCAAGCUCUAGUGGCAAAUCUAGCGGAAUUGGUUCUGACGAAGCCCUGAGCUCCGCAAUUCAGGAAGUGGCGUCACAUCCGGAAUUCGAAAACAAAGAGAUUGAUCCAGACACCAGCUCAGAUGAAGAAGACUGGCCAGAACCAGAGCCACUUGUUGAAAAUGAAGUGGUACGCCAAAACUGGAGACGAGAUAUUCUUCCUGGACCACCCCGCUCGCCAUCCUCCGCCAUUCAUGCCCCUCGGCCAGUCCUUCCAGUUUAUUCUGACCUCAAACUGUUACCUGUAGACGAUGAUGAGAGUAUUAAUAGGCUUAAAGGAUUUAAGAGUGAUCAAGAAAAAGUCAAGGAGCCUAUUCAUGGAGGCUGGAAAGAGUAUAGAGAUAAUCCUUUGCCUUUUUCAUAUCAUUUGCCGCAAGUAACCGACUUAAAGAACCGAUUUAAUAAACAAGCUUUACCGGAUGACCUUGACAUUUAUAAAGUGAGAAGUUCUUCAAAAGAUGAUAAUGAAAGAAUCGCGAUGCAUAGGAAGAAAAGAACCACAGAAGUGCUUUCUCCCGGAGUUAGAAAUUAUCGUUCUUCAUCACAGUCAAACAUACGGUCCCUGAAUAGAGAUGGAACUCCUUCUCCUCCACUGGCUAGAUAUGCUCCUCUAGAGGUGGCAAGACAACGUCAUCAACCAGACAUAGAGAGGGAUCGUCUGUAUAUGUACGAAAGUCGCUUAGCUAGGUAUUCCUUGGAUCAUGCAGAUGAAAUAACGAAUCAAUUAGAGGAGCACAACAGACGAAUAGAGAGAUUCAAUUACCCGCGCCAAAGUCAUUCUGCUGACCCUAGAACAGCCAUUCCUGACAGCUACCCGUGCAGAAGGUCCCAGUCUCCCGAACCAUAUCCAGGACGACCUGCAAGACGACCCGUGGAACGAUACAUCGAUAAACGUCGUUCGCAGCCGGACUACCUUCUGGAUGAACGAAGGAGAUCCGGAUAUUUUGAUCUCCCAGCUGAUACCAGGGAUUAUAGACACAGUUUCACAGAGCCAAACCAUCGUCGCUUGCCCAUAAACUCCAAUUUCUAAAAUUAACCUAAAGCUGAAUAUUCCAUACCGUGUUACUACGAGCUAAGACGAUUGGUGUGCCACAGAUAUAAUGUUGCCAUAGUAACCCCCGUUGCUAUAGGAAUGUAAAUAAUCUAAUCCAACCGUUCUCUUGGGACCAAGCGAUUUUCUUUUAAUUGUUGUUAUCAUAUUUUAAUUUAACAGAAUCUUGGAGCUUAAACUGUUCGUUUAAUUUGCAAGUGUAACGAGAGGUGAUGAGAAUAGAAAAAAAAUCAAUAACGUAAAUGUGUAUUGAAAUUAUUGCAGAUGAAGUACGUUUUAUAGCGUCAUCGUGUACAAAAGUUAGUACCGGAUAAGGAAGAUUUAAAAAGUUGGACCUGUACUUUAGUAUUUCGUGUAUUUUCACUUGUACAAUACUGUUCGUAUAUGUUGAGCACUGUUUUGUUUCCUAUUACAUUCCAGCAGCCCCCUAACGGGAUUCGUUAAAUUUGUUAUUUUAAAAUCGCAAGGUUGAGGGCGCUGUUUUAUGGUAUUAGGAAUUAGAAAGUUUUACACAGGUAACGAUAAUAAAAAUUGUAAUUAAGGUGAAGAGAAGCUGGUAGCGGAGCUUUAAUCUUAACAGUUUUCGUGUUAAGAACAGUACUAGUUAUUGAUGACAUCAAUAUUUAAUUUCGUAAUUUUUCUUAAACGUUAAUAUUCUUUUUGACAGUCUGGUUUAUCAACUAUAACAAACUUUAUUCUAACAUAAAAUAGAAACGUCAUUAUCAGCACAUAUUUCUCAUACACUUGAGUCUUGUUUAUUGACUAGGUUGCGUCAGGUGUACUAAAAGAUAGUGUAACAAUACAACAACCCCAUCGCUGUACGUGUCCUACUUCGGAAGGGGUCUUCUGUACCAUUCGUGUAUGUUACGAACGGUUCAGCGAAAUGACUCAGCUGUUUGAGAUUGUUCCGUUGCGGUGACACCGAAACUUUAGAGCUAAUUUGGUGUUCAUGAAAAGAAAUCUAGUUUCAUCAUACUAAGUACAUGACAGACGUUGGUAACAUACGGUGUUAAUGUUGACUAAAUACAUGACAGACGUUGGAAACAUUCAGUGUUGAUGUUGACUAAGUACAUGAUAGACGUUGGUAACAUACGGUGUUGAUGUUGACUAAGUACAUGAUAGACGUUGAUAACAUACGGUGUUAAUGUUGACUAAAUACAAUACAGACGUUGGUAACAUACGGUGUUGAUGUUGACUAUAUACAUGAUAGACGUUGGUAACAUACGGUGUUAAUGUUGACUAAAUACAAGACAGACGUUGGUAACAUACGGUGUUAAUAUUGACUAAAUACAUGACAGACGUUGGAAACAUUCGGUGUUGAUGUUGACUAAGUACAUGACAGACGUUGGUAACAUACGGUGUUAAUGUUGACUAUAUACAUGGCAGACGUUGGAAACAUUCGGUGUUGAUGUUGACUAAGUACAUGAUAUAUGUUGGUAACAUACGGUGUUGAUAUUGACUAAAUACAUGACAGACGUUGGUAACAUACGGUGUUGAUGUUGACUAUAUACAUGACAGACGUUGGUAACAUACGGUGUUGAUGUUGACUAAGUACAUGAUAGACGUUGGUAACAUACGGUGUUAAUGUUGACUAAAUACAAGACAGACGUUGGUAACAUACGGUGUUGAUG